AUGAAUCCGAAAGAGACCUAUCGUUGUGUGCAAGACCGCUACGCCGGAGUCGCAAGACAAACCGACGGUCCUCAUAACCUAGGAGAUCAUGAACGCAAAGUCGCAAGCGCAUUUGGGUAUGACCUGGAAGACCUGCGUUCUAUUCCAGAAACCGCGAAUUUAGGCGUCAGCUGCGGGAACCCACUCGCAACGGCAAACAUAAAAGUGGGCGAGGUGGUGAUUGAUUUGGGCAGUGGCGGGGGCAUUGACGUUCUGCUCGCCGCAAAGAAGGUCGGAGUAGAAGGAAAGGCCAUUGGAAUAGAUAUGACGAAGGACAUGCUGGAGUUGGCACGCCAGAAUGCGAAGAACGCCGGUGCCUCCAAUGCAUCGUUCAUCGAGGCGUUCAUUACUUCUAUACCGUUGCCAUCGUCCACCGCUGAUUGCAUCAUCAGCAAUUGUGUGAUAAACCUAGUGCCGGAAGUCGAAAAGCCCCUGGUCUUUCAGGAAAUGUUCCGUCUACUGAAGCCAGGAGGUAGGGUUGCCAUUAGCGACAUUCUGGCGAAACAAGAGCUUCCGAUGGAGAUCAAGAAAGAUCUCUCCUUGUAUGUGGGCUGUAUAGCUGGUGCUAGCCAGGUUGCCGAUUAUGAAAGGUAUCUGAAAGAAGCAGGGUUUCAAGAUGCAGUGAUUCUUGACACUAAUGCUGAUCUCAACAUUUAUAAGGAAAUGUGGAAGAGGGAGGAAUCCAAUCGUCCGGGCCCUGCGAGCUCAUGUUGCGACCCGAUGAACAAUAGUGCCAGCAGGGACAAUCUGCCGGAUGUAGAUUUCAACAUCUGGACGGGCUCUUUCAAAAUCUUUGCCAUAAAACCCGACAUCCAUGGUUGA